ACGGUGACUACCACACUGUCAACUACCACCGUUCGAUUUUUGUAUUGUUGUUAUCAAUUAUUACUUGUUAUCACGUAUACCUACAGUUUUAAUUGCUUUUUAUUAUAUCAGGAUACCGUUUUAAUUUAAAUAAUUUAAAUUGUAAAUUAAAAUAAUUCAAAAUGGUUUUUGAUACUAUUGAAUUUCUAAAACAUUACGAAGAGCAUCCUUGUUUGUGGGAUAAAUGUAUACCUGAUUUUAAGAAUCGGCAAAAAAGAAAUGUGGCUGAAGAAAAAUUAUUACCCAUCUCAGGACUUUCUAACAUAAAAGAAUUAAGAUCAAAAAUCAGAAGUAUAAGAGGAACAUACAACCAAGAAAUUGGCAAAAUUAAAAAUUCAAUGCGAACUGGGUCUGGUGCAGUAGACAUUUAUAAACCAAAAUUAAAUUGGUUUUCCUAUGCUGAUAGUUUUUUGAGGAAAAAUGUAGAACAAGAGAUUGAGACUGAACCAAAUGUGGUGAGUUACAAAUUUAUUGUUACUUUUAUAAAUAUUAUCAUAAUUGCAUGCAUAUAA